UUUCAGAAUUGAUUUCAAGAUAUGUCGGAAACAAGCCAAGAAGCUCGACGUGCACUGACGGAAGAACGGGGAAAGGUGCUUGACAAAUGGUGGGCAAUUAAUAAUUUGAGAUUCAUGAAAUUUCAGGAUCCCAUCUCCCCCACGCUUUCCGAUAUGCCCUCAGAGAUUCUUGUUCAAGUUUUUGAAAAAUUUGAUUCUAUAGAACAUUAAGUUGCUUUGACUUUUACAACAAAAAUAUUCGGUAUAAAAAUGUUCUGACUUAUUUGUCGAAAAGUUUGUCGAAGUCUGAAGCCCGCCGUGGAAAAAAUUGAAAUUCAUUUUGAUUCUAUUUCGUUUGAAGUAUUUAAUAAAAAUGUUAUUAUGAAAUU